CGCAGCCGGCCAAACGCUGCUCCCUCCCCCUUGGCUCCGCGCCCGACAUCUGGAGCCACUUCCCCGCGCGGGGCUGCGGGCGCCGGGUGCGCUCGGGGGACGCUGCCACGCCUGGGCUCACAUCUGGCCGGGGAGGACUCUGCGCUCGGCCUUUUUCUUCCCUCUCCUCUCAGCCUCGCGCAGAGCGCGCUCCCGCACGGGCCAAGUACAGGCGUGCAGGCGAGCACAGGGCGGGGGGCCAGGCCGGGGCCCCGUCUGCAGAGGAUGCUCUAGAGGGGAGCCGAAGCAGGAGAGCGUGACCGGGGAGCAGGUGUGCGACCGGGCGCAGAGGCCGAGCCUGGAGCUGAUGGCAGUCAGCUGGGGGAGGGAGUGAGCGAGCGAGGCUGCGGGACCUGCUCCAGGUCAGCGUCAGCGCCUCCAGGGCCCUGCAGGAUGGGGCCGUGGGCUCUUGGCCUCCUGCUGCUGUGCUGCCUGCCGCGGCCCGCCCCUGCGCUCGGCCAACCGCCCCCCAGCCGGCGCCCCCAGAGGGAUCCUGCCAAGGGCCGGACCGUGCCCCAGCCACGCUCAGCCAGGACCGAGUGGGACCGGGAGCGGUACAGCCGGCAGCCCCAGUGCGUGCGCUGCUGCGACGCCCCCGAGCAGCCUCCCCUGCUCUACCAGCCCGUGGCCCAGAUCAACAUGACCAUCCUGAAGGGGGAGAAAGGGGACCGGGGCGAGCGCGGCCUCCAGGGGAAGUUUGGCAAGCCGGGCAUGACAGGCAACCGGGGCCACGUGGGGGCCAAGGGCCAGAAGGGCAGCGUGGGGGCGACCGGGGAACGGUGCAAGAGCCACUACGCUGCCUUCUCAGUGGGCCGCAGGAAGCCGCUGCACAGCAACGCCUACUACCAGACGCUGAUCUUCGACACCGAGUUUGUCAACCUCUACGGCCACUUCAACAUGUUCACGGGCAAGUUCUACUGCUACGUGCCCGGGAUCUACUACUUCAGCCUGCACGUGCACACCUGGAACCAGAAGGAGACCUACCUGCACCUGAUGCACAACGCGGAGGCGGCCGUGGUCCUGUACGCCCAGGCCAGCGACCGCAGCAUCAUGCAGAGCCAGAGCAUCAUGCUGGAGCUGCGGGAGCAGGACGAGGUCUGGGUGCGGCUCUUCAAGGGCGAGCGGGACAACGCCAUCUUCAGCGACGAGUUCGACACCUACGUCACCUUCAGCGGGCACCUGGUCAAGUACAGCGGGGACCCCUGAGUGCCUGCCCACCCCUGCCUCCUUCCCGUGUCCCCGCUCCUUGCCCGCGCCCCCGACUGGGGCAGAUCCCACGCCGCCGGCAUUAAGGCGAGCUCUGCCCCCUCGACGACGCCACGGCCCUGCCAGGGGCUGUACAGACACCUGCGUCCCCGCGCCCCGCUUUCCCCAGGGAACCUGUGAUUAGUGAGACCAGGGCUGCUGCGGCUGCUGGGUUUGGGACAGGUGUGCAGGGGAAUAGCAGCGGAGAGGUCCGUGCCCAGGUGUGGUGCUUGUGCCUAUUUCCCUGCCAGGACUGUGCCAGGAAGAUCUAGCAGGUCCCUGGGUGCAGGGCACCAUCCAGGGAGGCCUGGCCCCAGGCCCCGGUUCUGUGCUAGUCCCCAAGGGGCUCCGGGGUGGCGGCCCCAGCUGCAGGAGCCCCGACCCAUCAGCCCUUCUGCGGCCGCGGGCCAGGCUUCGAUUUUAGUUGGCGCGACAGCAGAGCAGGGGCAGGGCAGCGUACGGCCCCCCACGCUCCGCAGGGCUCUGCCCUCACAUUAAACCCCCGGUUCAG